ACUGGGAGUCCAAGUGAGAGAUAUAGAGAAGGAAGGGAAGUAAGCAGGCACAGAAGCUGACAGCCAUCAUAAGUUCAAGCCUUUGACAGCAGGAGACUGGAACAAAGGAAAAAACUGUCUAAAGCUGUGAUGAGGCUCUUACUGGACCUCCUGCUCCUGGGCCACCUAACAAUGGUCACCUAUGGCCAUCCAAUCCUGGAAGCACCUGAGAGUGUGACAGGGCCUUGGAAAGGGGAUGUAAAUAUUCCAUGCACCUAUGGUCCUCUGCAAGGUUACACUCAAGUCUUGGUAAAGUGGCUGGUACAACGUGACUUGGACCCAGUCACCAUAUUUCUACAUGAUUCCUCUGGAGACCAUAUCCAGCAAGCAAAGUAUCGAGGCCGCCUACAAGUGAGCCACAAGGUUCCAGGAGAUGUGUCCCUCCAACUGAAUAGCCUGGAGAUGGAUGACCGGAGCCACUACACAUGUGAAGUCACUUGGCAGACCCCUAAUGGUAACCAAGUGGUGAAAGAUAAGAUCAUUGAGCUCCGCGUCCAGAAAGUCUCUGUUUCCAAGCCCACAGUGACGACUGGCAGUGGCUAUGGCUUCACAGUACCCCAGGGAAUGAGGAUUAGUCUUCAAUGCCAGGCUUGGGGUUCUCCUCCCAUCAGUUAUGUUUGGUAUAAGGAACAGACUGUCAAUCAAGAACCCAUCAAAGUAGCAGGGUCGAGUACCUUACUCUUCAAGCAUGCCGUGGUGGCUGACUCCGGCUCCUAUUUCUGUACUGCCAAGGGCCGGGUAGGAUCUGAGCAGCGCAGUGACAUUGUGAAGUUUGUGGUCAAAGACUCUUCCAAGUCACUCAAGACUAAGACUGAGACACCUACAACAAUGCAAUCUCCCUUGAAAGCAACAUCUACAGUGACCUCAUUUUGGAAGUGGACCACUGAAGUGGAUGGCUACUCUGGGGACACCAGUGCUGAACCAGGAAAGGGCCUACCUACCUUUUCCAUCAUUCUCGUCAUUUCCCUGUGCUGUAUGAUGGUCUCCAUCCUGGCUUAUGUCAUGCUCUGCCGGAAGACAUCCCAACAAGAUUUCCAUGUCUGUCUGGUGCAGAUGAUCAUCUCGGGCACUUGGGAGUCUCAGUCGGUUGAGCAUCCGAAUUCAGCUCAGGGCAUGAUCUUGAGGUUCGUGGGUUCGAGCCCUGCAUCAGGCUCUGUGCUGACAGCUUGCUCAGAGCUUGGAGUCUGCUUUGGAUUCUGUGUCUCCUUCUCUCUCUGCCCAUCCCCCCAUUCAUGCUGUAUCUCUCUGUCUCUCAAAAAUAAAUAAAUGUAAAAAAAAAACAACUUUGAAUUCUAACCCCCAAAAGGGACAUUUGUUGUAUUUUAUUUUGUACUUGAGUAAAAUACAUACGUAAUAAAGUGCACUAAUUUCAAGUGUAAGUAUACAUUUGAUGAGUUUUGAAAAAAAUAUACACUUGGGUAACUGAUACUCAGAUCAAGCUAUAUAGAACAUUUCCAACAUCCCCAGAGGCUCCUUUGGUGCUUCUUCCAUUCACUACCUUCCUGGGUAUAACCCUUAUUCUGAGAACUAGCACCAUAGAUUAGUCUUGCCUGUUGUUUAUAAAACACAUAAGCAUAUAAUGCCUAGAGUUUUUAUAAAUGUAAUCACAAAGUAUGUAUACUUUUGAGUCUUGCUUUUUUCACUAAGCAUGUUUUUCAAAUUAUUUUAUGUUGUAUCAUUGUAUUAGUCAUAUAUUUCUCUGUAACAAUAUUACUGUAAAGUUAGCAGAUUAAAACGACAUAUUUAUUAUCUCAUAGAUUCUAUGGGUCAGGAUUCAGUGCAUGACUUAAUUGGGUCCUCUGCUUCAAGGUCUCAUAAAGAUGAAAUCAAGAUGUUGAUGGGGAAAGAUCCAACAUAGGGGAGAAGUAAGGGGACCCAAAGUUCCCUCGUCUCUCAAACACAGCAGUGUUGAUGCCAAAGGACUUUGAAUUCCAAGAGUCCAGGCUGCAGAGUGACAGAGACAUCUCCAGAGACCCACGGAGACAAGCUGGAGGGUCAUAGGUGUGCGAUUGCAAACUGCGAGAGAUAAUACAGGCUGCAUGGGCAUGGAUAGGAGGGAUCACCUUCUGUGGAGAGACAAAAGGAAGAGAAAGAGAGGCUGCGGAAGCAUAGAAAUGUAUCUGGACAAGAGAAAAACUAUGGGCCAUGACAGAGAAUGAUCCAAUCUCUAACUGCAGGGCUUUCUCCAAACUGGGGCCGGCUGCCCUGUUCAAGGACCUGGGGAGGAGGGAAACCAGCUCUGGGCUUGGUAACUAGUUCAGAGGCACUGUCCACGGUGGGAGAAAGCAAUAUCCUGCUUGGAGUGCUGUGGGAAGAAGGUAUAUAACCAUUCAAAAGACAAAGACUGCCUGUACCCGCCAGCCAGAGACCAUAUAACAGCUGCGCAGAGUGGCACUUCCCCAGAACUGGGGAGCACAGAGUGGAACCCUUUAAGACAAUGGGGUUUAAAUCACAGCUGACCACCAAGUGGCACAGGAUUUGACAGAGCAGGACAAACUGCCUCCUUCAUACCCAUGGCACUGUGAGGACUGCCUGAACAGAGUGGUUUGAGACACCCAGUCCAGGUAGGAGAGACUGGCAUGUUGCCAUUUUUCUCCCCAUCACCAACAAGGUGGGGUCUCAGGGAACGGACAGUGGGCCCACAGUGAGGUGGAACCCACCUACACCAAACCGCACUGUUCCAGCCUGGUAACUGAGUAUCUACUGGGGUGGGACAGAUGCUGAUGAACCAGACAGCCCCUCCUCCAGACAAGUGCUGCCACUGGUUCCAAGGCACCCAAAGUUUUGCAUUUCCUGAUUUAAUUCUUGGACAAUUCUUGUUAUAUAUAUAUAUAUUUUUUUUUUCUUCCUUUUCUCAUUCUUGUUUCUUCCCUCCUCUAUUCUGGUUAUUCUAGCUGUUGGUUUGUUUAAGCAGGCAUAUUUAAUCUAUUCUCUUUAUACCUGUUUCACAUCUCCUUCUUUAUUUCUCUCUCUCACUCACUCACUCACUUUCUGGAUUAAGCUGUAUAAUUUCUCUGUCUGGUCAAUUUUACUUUAUUUUAUUUUUCCCCACCCCUGCCAUUUUUCUCUUUGUAUGGAUAAGGCCUCUUCCAUCAAUAUGGUCCCCACCCA